AGCCUUCGAAGGGAGGGGAAAGGAUUGUGUGAGGGAUUUAGAAGAGGCUGAGCAGGCUAGAGGCAGGACGUGGGCGGUGCAGAGUUUAGCUGGGCACUGGCCCCCUCUCUGCCCCCGGCUUGCCUUGCCCGGUGCCCAGAGCUGCUGGUGCUGCGGGUGGUAGGAGCCCCUCGCCCCCCCCCUGGACGUGCCCGGCCGUUUUGGGGAGCCCAUCCCCCGGACAGGAUGGGGGUCUCCGCCGGACAGCGGUCCUCCCACCCCCUCCUCCAGCUGCUUGCCACAGGCCUUCUGUAUUAUUGUGAAGCAUUCAACAUUGACCUCCAAGGAGCAAAAAUAUUUUCCGGCCCCUCAGCUGAGCAGUUUGGUUAUUCGGUACAGCAGUUUGUAAACCCCGAAGGCAAAUGGCUUCUUGUUGGUUCCCCCUGGAGUGGUUUUCCAAAUAACAGAAUGGGAGAUAUCUAUGGGUGCCCUGUUGACUCGUCAUCCGACACCUGCAAGAAACUCAAUUUGCACAACUCGACAGGCAAUCCAGGUGUUACGGAGAUAAAGACAAACAUGAGCCUUGGAUUGACGCUCACAAGAAACGAUGGAUCUGGGGGAUUUGUGACCUGUGGGCCUCUCUGGGCUCAACAGUGUGGAAACCAGUACUACACGAAGGGCAUCUGUUCUCACGUCAGCCCCAGUUUCCAAGUCCUGAAGAGUUUUGCGCCCGCGGUUGAGGACUGCCCCUCCUUUAUCGAUGUUGUUGUAGUAUGUGAUGAGUCCAAUAGUAUUUACCCUUGGAACGCAGUGAAGAAUUUCUUAGAAAAAUUUGUCCAAGGCCUAGAUAUCGGCCCUACAAAAACGCAGGUGGGCUUAAUUCAGUACGGCAACGAGCCAAGAGUCGUGUUCAACAUGAACAAGUUCAAAACAAAAGAAGAAAUGGUCCAAGAAACAUCCAGGACAAACCAGAAUGGUGGAAGUCUGACAAAUACGUUUAAAGCGAUUGAGUUUGCAAGACAAAACGCAUUUUCUCUGGCUUCUGGUGGACGUCCGCAUGCCACCAAGGUCAUGGUGGUGGUGACAGAUGGAGAAUCGCAUGAUGGCUCCAAUUUGAAAAAGGUGAUUGAUCAAUGCGAACAGGACAACAUCAUCAGAUUUGGCAUAGCUGUCCUCGGCUACCUACUCAGAAACGAACUCGAUACUAAAAAUUUAAUAACUGAAAUCAAAGCAAUCGCGAGUUCCCCCACAGAAAAAUAUUUCUUCAAUGUGUCCGAUGAAGCUGCCUUGUUGGAAAAAGCAGGCACCCUAGGGGAACGCAUUUUCAGCAUUGAAGGUACUGCACAGGGCGGUGAUAACUUCCAGUUGGAAAUGUCCCAGGUGGGAUUCAGUGCCGAUUAUUCUCCUCAAAACGGUCCUGUGAUGCUGGGUGCUGUUGGGGCUUAUUCCUGGAGUGGAACUAUGUUCUGGAAAACAUCUCAGGGAUUCUCUGCCUUUCCUAAACAAGCAUUUGAAAAAAUUCUCCAGGAUAAGAAUCAUAGUUCAUAUUUAGGCUAUUCCCUGGCCACCCUUUCGACGGAAAACGCCAUCCAUUACGUAGCCGGUGCUCCGCGAUCCAACUACACCGGCCAAGUGGUGGUUUACAGCAUUAACGAGCAAGGCAACGUCACAGUGAUUCAGUCCCACAGAGGGGAUCAGAUUGGCUCCUACUUUGGGAGCGUGGUGUGUUCGGUGGACGUGGAUAAAAAUGGCAUUACCGAUGUACUCUUGGUAGGGGCUCCGAUGUACAUGAAUGACCUAAAGAAAGAGGAAGGGAAAGUCUACCUUUUCAGUAUCUCAAAGGGAAUUCUGGGUCAGCAUCAGUUCCUGGAGGGCCCCGCAGGCUUGGAAAACGCUCGCUUCGGAUCGGCGAUCGCCUCUGUAUCGGACGUUAACUUGGACGGCUUCAACGAUGCGAUAAUUGGCUCGCCUUUAGAAAAUGAAAACUCCGGAGCUGUUUACAUUUACAAUGGCUUUCAAAAAACGAUUCGUACCAAAUAUUCUCAGAAAAUUUUAGGGUCAGAUCCUGCCUUCAAACAACCAUUACAAUAUUUUGGGAGAUCAGUAGAUGGCUACGAAGAUUUGAACGAUGAUUCCAUCACCGACGUGGCAGUCGGUGCCUUUGGGAAAGUGGUCCAGUUCUGGUCACAGGGUAUCGCAAGUGUAUCUGUAGAAGCUAUCUUUCAACCCGAUAAAAUCAGUUUGCUGAAGAGGAAUGCUGAGAUAGGCCUCAGUUUAUGCUUCAGUGCAAACUUUAGACCAAAGGAGAAAAGCAAUCAAGUGGAUAUUGUAUACAAUGCGACCCUCGAUGCAGACCGCUUUUCAUCCAGAGUAACUUCCCGGGGAUUGUUUAAAGAAAACCACGAUAGGAAUAUUCACAAUAAUUUUAGGGUAAUCGAAGAAUUAACCUGCUCAAAGCACUCGAUCAUUAUUCAGGAACCUUCUGAUGUCGUAAACGCUUUGACUCUGCGAGUGGAUCUCACUUUGAGAAAUCCAGGUUCCAAUCCUGCCCUCGAUACCUUCUCUGAAUCUACUAAAGAGUUCAGUAUUCCUUUUACCAAAGAAUGCGGACAAGAUGGGGUCUGCUCUUCAGAUCUCGUUCUCGAGGUUCAACAGACACCAGCUGCUCAGAAACAACCCUAUAUUGUCAGCAGCCAGAACCGAAUGUUAACCUUCGUGGUCACACUAACGAACAAAAAGGAGAGUGCAUAUAAUGUCAGGAUCCACGCCAAUUUUUCACAUAACUUAUUCUAUUCAUUUUUCAAAUCGAUGGAUGUGACCGAAGUCUCCUGUCAAGAUGACUCCACCCGGCAUUCUUUAAUUUGCAAAGUUGGCUAUCCAGCCGUGGAAACCAACCAAAAGGUUUCCUUCGCCAUUAGCUUCGACUUCAACCUCCAGAACCUUCAAAAGGAAGCUCUCCUAAACUUCUGGGCUUUGAGCGAAAGCCAAGAAGAGAACGAAGCCGACAAUAAGGUCGUCUUCAGCACUUCUCUGCAGUACGAUGCUGAGAUUCACAUAACAAGAUCUACCAGCAUGAAUUUUUAUGAAGUCCUUUCUGAGGGUACUGUCCCUUCCAUUGUGAAUAAUUUUGAUGAGAUUGGUCCCGAAUUCAAUUUCUCCCUUAAGGUGAGCAGCGGCAGCGUUCCUAUGAGCAUAGCCUUGGUAACCAUCCGCCUUCCUCGGUUCUCUAAAGCACAGAAUCCGCUCAUCUAUCUAACGGCCAUCCACACUGACCAGGAUGGCGAUGUGAGUUGUACUGCAGAAACAAACCCAUUAAACAUUGGGCAGAAACCUUUUCCCACAUCUUUCAAGAAGGAGAACUUCAGAGAGUUGAACGAGCUGAACUGCAGAACCAUGUCCUGCAUCACUAUUGAUUGCGUGAUCAAAAACCUAGAAGUGAAAAUGGACUAUUUUGUCAAUGUGUCGACCAGAAUCUGGAAUGGGACAUUUGCAGCUUCGACGUUCCAGACGAUAAAACUGGAAGCAGAAGCCGAAAUCAACACCUACGAUCCACAGAUAUACGUGAUUGAAGAAAAGAGUGUGACGAUUCCACUGACUAUCAUGAAGCCUCACGAGAAAGCCGAGGUCCCGAAAGGCGUGGUGGUAGGAAGUACCAUCGCUGGGCUUCUUUUGCUGUUGGCCUUAAGCACGCUUUUAUGGAAGCUCGGUUUCUUCAAACGGAAGUAUGAGAAGAUGAUGAAGAAUCCAGAAGAGGCCGAUGAGACCACAGAACUUGGCAGCUGAAUCACCUGAUAAAGUUUACCGAAACUCCGUCUGCCGCGGCGGCGACUUGAUCCCUAAGUGCCUGGUGUUUUUAAAUGGGAAAAAAAAAAAGAGUUUGAUAAUUUUAUAAGUAACAGAAAUUUUAUUUUAAAACUAACUGCUGGGCAGUUAAGGGGAGAGGAUUGUUGGGUGCUUGUUUAUUGGGACUCGAUCUUUUUUUAUACGCUUUUUGGCUGGCAGGUCCAGUGGUUUUACAUUAGGUUUACACGUUGAGCCAGAAAACUCCAAUUCUUCUCCAGUCAAGUGUUGUAAAGUUGUUGUUUUUUUAAGAGCGGUUUUUCACAUCUUGAGGGAUUUAAAUGUUGUCCUUAGUAGUGCUUUAUAUCCUGCUAAAAUAAUAGCUUAACAUCCUGCGGAAUUUUAAUCAGACCUUUAUGUAUCUUAGCAUACGGUUGAACUAUAGUUCGUAUCUAUAUAUUUCAGGCUCUUUCAUUAUGCAUUCGAUCGUAUUUAUUGAGCGCUUGCCGUGUGCAGAGCACUGUACUGAGCACUUGGGAGAGUACAAUACGGCAGUCAACGGACACAUUCCCUGCCCU